GGGAAGCGAUAGAUUCCACGUUCUACCAACGCCGUGCACCAACGAUAGCUGUUAGUCGCGAACAGAUCAUCUGCCUCUAAACAAAGUACUUUCACAAUGAAGACAUCCGAGAAAGAGAAACUUUGGAGUGUUUCGAUUCAGGACGGCCGAGCAAAAGUUUUCAGGAACAACAUUCCUCUGAAGAGUAAUCACAAUGGCCAGGAAUACGGUUUCUUGUUAGGAGUGACAGUCAAAGUACAGUCCGCGGGCAAUAAGUUGAUCCAGUUGGAGUUCGAAAGUCAAAAGGAAUCAGGAACCAGUAGCCUAAAAAUUGCAUUGUUCAAGGCGAAAUACUUCAAUAAGUUCACGUCAAGUCCCCCGUUCGACAAGUGCUCCUCCAAAGACGUCAACAAAUUGGCCGAACAGCUAGCGCAUGCCCUUGACUCGCUGGACUCCAGCCCUCGAUCGGUAGGUGUUGCAGGGACGCCCACAAGUGCACGAACGAAACGGAACACUGACGCUCCACUUGCUCCACUAAGAAGUGAUACUCCACAAGAUGUCGAUGACGCUAUUACAUGCACACGUUCACCCACAGAACGAAUUACUGACUCCCCAAAAGAUGUUGAUGCUCUGAGCACGCCAAGGGAACGAAGCACUCCACGACAUGUUGCUGAUACAAUUGCUGGUGGUGAAAUCUCCGAAAGCACAGCAGGACCAAGUCAAGCUAACGAAACCCCUGUUUCCACUAAACAACCGCUUAAGCGAAAAACGCGGCUUGUAUUUUCACUCGAGGACCAAAAUCAGGCGAAGAAACCCAAGAAAGAGGACGAGUUGCGGCGAGCAUGUAAUGAGUGUCUUGUUAGUGCCACGGCCCACUUCAUUCCAAUUGGCAAUAUAGAAUUACCAACAAAAGCAAGGCAGUUCAGAAGGGUUAAUGAAGAGUUUGUCAGCAGCCUGGAAGCUGAAAUGGGACGAAAUCCUGCUGGAAGCUAUGGGGCCCUUUUUGUGGUGGCCAAGGAAAUAACGAAUAAAGACGAGUGGAAAUUAAAGGACAAGGACUCCUACACUUACGAGGUCCUUGGAGGAACACAUCUUUCUUUGGCCACAAAACGCAUGCAUGAAAAGCAGCCCAACAACCCACACUUCGCUGGGAGAAUGUGCAGAAUUUAUGUUGGCCUGAGUGCUGAACAAGCUGUAUACCUUGGAGGUAUGCAUCAACAGUCCUCAAUGUUUCAACAUGAAAUUACAUACAGAGAGGAGGUUGAACGAUGUCGAAUGCACUUGUUUGGAUGUCCAGAUGUUUCUGGUGAUCCGCCAGAGCCAACGGCAUCAUGGAGGGAUGACUGUUCUUGUGUAUUGCAUAAAGAGAAGAAAGGAUUCAGUGAAGUGUUUGCAAUGGCAAGGGUAGCGAAGGAUGUUUGGGAAGAAUUUCAGGAAGUUAAUUCUUUGUAUGAGAAAGGGAGUCUCAAAGAUCAAAAAGUCAGUGCAGGAGAAGUCAUGAGGGGAUUUGUGUGCCUAAAACAAUGGCACAUCAAGCCGCUCUGUAGCCUAAGUGAUAAGCAAAAGCUCUAUUUGUUAAGAAAGGUGAAGUAACUAGUUUUAUUUAGGUCAGUUUUAUAUCACCCAUAACAUUCUUUGAAUGCUAUGAUUGACAAUAUAAUUACACUCAGCAGAAAGGUGACGAAAGUUUAGAGCAUAAUUAUAAUAUUGUUAUGUGGCUGGCAUGACAGUAUAUAAUGCAGGACUU